AGGCCGCGCAUGCGCAUUGUCCCCGGUUGGUCGGCCGCCCGGCCCCGGGGAGAGUGUCGUCUCCAUGGGAGGAUGAAGGAGAUGGUCGGAGGCUGCUGCGUGUGCUCGGAUGAGAGGGGCUGGGCCGAGAACCCUCUGGUUUAUUGUGACGGACACGGGUGCAAUGUGGCCGUUCAUCAAGCCUGCUAUGGGAUUGUCCAGGUGCCCACAGGACCCUGGUUCUGCCGAAAAUGCGAGUCCCAAGAGAGAGCCGCCAGGGUGAGGUGUGACCUGUGUCCACAUAAAGAGGGAGCACUGAAGAGAACAGACAACGGAGGUUGGGCCCAUGUGGUGUGUGCUCUAUAUAUUCCGGAAGUCCAGUUUGCCAAUGUCUUAACCAUGGAGCCCAUUGUCCUGCAAUAUGUGCCCCAUGAUCGAUACAACAAGACAUGCUAUAUAUGCGAAGAACAGGGACGAGAAAGCAGAGCUGCAUCUGGGGCCUGUAUGACUUGUAAUAGACACGGCUGCCGGCAAGCAUUUCACGUGACAUGUGCUCAGAUGGCUGGACUUCUGUGUGAGGAAGAAGCUCAGGAGGUGGAUAACGUCAAAUACAUAGGAUAUUGCAAGUACCAUUUCAGCAAGAUGGUGAGAGACCCACAGAAGGUUACCCGUCUACCUUGUCCGUUCAUCCCAGGCCGAUGUAGCCGCUCUGAGUCCCCCUCUUUGGAGAAACCCACCCUGUACAGAGAGCGUCAGAAAAAGAGUCACAAGGACAGAGAACGAGUCAGGCACAGGAAGCACCGGGAUUCACCUGGUCACCUGACAGGACAUGCCCUUCUACCCGUCACAGCGGAGAAGCAAGAGAGCAGAACAGAAAGCCCAGAGGUGCAGCGGUCAGAGCUGAAAGGAAAGAAACCAUCGAGUCACAGGAGUCGCAAAACUGAUAGUCGGAAAGGAGAUGCUGGAGGAGCCCCACCUAUAGGUACAGGUAGCUCCUCUUCUCCUCCGGACCUGGUCAGCUUCCCCAAACUAGAGGAGCAGGAGGAAGAAGAGGGGGAUGAUGAAGAGGAUGAUGAAGAUGAAGGUGGUGGACCUUCCAGAGCAACACCCCACUCGCCACCAGAGCUCACUUUCUCUAGCUUUGGUUCAAUCAUGCGUUUCUCUAGUGAGUCGGCACACAGCAAGCCGUGGGACCCUUCACCGGGGGAUCGCCGACCUCAAAAGUGGUCAAGGGAUGGAACGGAGGCCUCUCGGGAGAAGAAACACAAGGGUAGUAGGAAAAGCAGGCAUGGCCCAGGGCGGCCAAAAGGCAGUAAGAAUAAUCCACCUCACAGCACUGCAUCCACCACCCUGCCUCUGCCAACCCGGCAUUAUACACAUUCUUCCACCAUGCUUUGUACCAGUCUGGAGUCCCCCUUGCUUUCUUCAGGUAUAUACACCAGUAAUAAAGACCCCAUCUCUUUGAGAACAGCUUGCAGUACCCCACUUCCCUCCAGCCUUCUGUCUCACCAGAGCUCCAUCCCGCCAUACAGUAGGACCGGCACUAUCCCCCCCUCCUCCAGCGCUUCCACCACGCAGGUAUUCUCACUGACCGGCUCAACAUUCAGUAUCCCCUCAUCUCAUAUUUUUGGAAGCUCCUUGUCGAUGCCUCCUCUUCUCAGCCAGGCUGAGAAUAGUCGUACAGAGCCCGAGCUGGAAGAUUGCAGUUUUGUAUGCAGAGGCAGCUCCCCCCGAGAAAGCCUUUCCUCAAUGUCACCAAUCAGCAGUCUGCCCCCGUUAUUUGAUCCGAGUGGUUCCUGCAGUCAGAAUGAGAGUGUUCCUCAUGUCACAGCCAACCUUGAACAACUGCUGGACAAGCAUGGAGAAGCAGGGGUUAACAUUGUAGACAUGCUUCAGGCCCUGCACUCCCUACAGAAGGAAAACCGCUCCCUGCAGGACCAGAUAAUGACCCUUACGGCUCGCAAGGAGAAGCUGCAGCUGCUGAACGUUCAGUUGUCUUGUCCAUUUCCCCCAACCCAUUCACAGCCCAGUGCUGCCCAAGUGGGCUCCCAGGAAUCUUUCAGCAGCAAGAGUCCUAAUUCCAAGAGCAGCUUCCGUAUUGAGAACUCUUUGUCUUCAGAGGACACACACUCUGGCUUUCCCAGCAGAAGUAGUUCUUGUCUGUCAUUACAUAGCACUCCCCCACCAGGCCCUGCGUCGCAGACAGGACCGUCCCUUCCGUCAAUGGCAGCAGAGCAGCUAAUUAAUGGAUUGGCACGAGCCACUGCUCCUGGUGGCCCUCCCGCACUAGCUACUAUGCCUUUGCUGGGGGCUUUGUCAGGGAGCCCUAGACCGCUGUCAUUGAAUGGUAUUCUGGGAAGCCUCAAUGGAGGCCUACAGGGGACGACAGGACAGUCCCAGAAUCCUCUGCACAGUGGUACCGGAAGCACACAGUUGCCAGCCAGUGUCUCGCCCAUGAACACCCUGUCAGAACAGCAGCGCCAUCUUGUUCAGCAGCUGCAGCAGAUCGCCUCCACGCAUCUCUCUGCGGAUCAGCAGAAUAUACUGUACCAGCUAGUUCAGCAAAUCCAACAGCGCCGGGAUUUGCAGCAACUAAUAACAUCACCGCCUGCUCCCCCCCUGCUUCCAGUGACAUCAGCGUGCAGCUCCAUGGCAUCAUCACCUGCCCCUCCCAUCCUUACAGCACAGACCCCCACUUUUAUGGCGACACAAGGGGAGGGGACAUUACAGAAAACCACAAGGGGGAGCGAGAAGACCCCCACAAGCCAUGACAAGGGAUAAGCUAAACACCUGGUGGACUUUCGCUACUGAAGUGAGAAGAUAAAACAUUCGGGGGGUUGGACCAGAAAAGGAGAAAAACCCAGGAAAGAACAUGACACUGCGUGUUCAUCCCAGUCAAGGCCUAGCACACGCUUCAUAGAUACUGUAGACUGUGUAUGGUUUUUCCCACCAGUAGCCAACAUGUCAGCAUGUAUGGAUAUUAUCAUGUGUAUGUUAACUCCAUGUCAUUAUCCCAUAUAGUUGUAUAUAGCGUACUCUGGGUUGUUGUACUAGGUUUGCCUUGCAUGAGACAAGUGUUUUUCUAUAGUGGAGAACACUUGGUGUCCACUUUAAAAAUACCAUCUGUAUAUAUUUUAUGUGUGUAAUAUUUGUGUAUACAUAUGUUACAUCUGAUUUAGAUGUUCAUUUAAUGGCCAAGAAGGGCUGCUAACAUUAGUCAGAUGGCUUCUGUUUAGAAUGAUGCCUCUUCACUAUGAGUGUUGGCAAGUUCACGUUUGUUUUUGUGGAACGUGGUUACAAGCAUGGAUUGUGAUGGCACAACAUUUUUUGCUUUUUUUUUCCCUUUCCACCUACAGAUUUGUGCCAGUUUUCCACUAGGUUUUUGGUAUUUGCACUGUGAUGCCGUAGCACCACCACCAUUGUCCUACCUUCCAUACCUUGUUAUGUAGCAGCCUCUGAAUUAGUGUUGGCUUGGCUAAUAGGCGCACGAAAGCCCCGUUAUAACUCAGAUGCCAGGAGCUCUGACCAUGUUGGUAACGCCAGGUGAUUUUUAAACAUGCACACGUUGUGUGUCUGGCCUCUCGCCUGUUAUCCCUUUGGGAUCUGAGCCAACCCCUUCAACUAAAUGAAUAUCUUCGCACUUUGGAAGUAGAACUUUGUGCCCCUGCGCCCUGGAUUCCAUAACUUCUACCCCCAGCCGAUUUCCGUUCUCUGGAGCCAGGGGCGAAGCCUGAAGCACCUUUUGAUACGUAGUAUCAGUCUGCGUGAAGGAUAAGCACCUCCACGUUAUGCUCUCUGUUGCACUGUCCUUGAGGUUCAACAUGUACAUGAGACCCAUAUUAGAUAUAUAUUUUUCUCUUACGUUUCCAUGUUUGAAUUGUUGGUUUCUAUACAGAGAGCGAUAAAUGUAGCUGUUUAUAUUGUGAAUCCAUUAGCACAUGACGUAGACUUGUGUUCCUUUUGUAUCUGUGGGCUAAAUAGGUAGGAUUGCUUUGAAUCGAAUUUAGGAAGACUUGGUUUUUCUUAUUUGAUUCUACAAUAUAGGCCCCAGUAUUUUGCACCUUCCAGAAGUCGCUUCUUGCGUCUGAAUGACUGUUUUGUACAGAAAAGUCUGUUUUAGCUUCAUUAAUGCCUGAGGAAGGGACCCAACAACUUGGUCUGGAAAGCUCGCAAUUAAACUCUCAGUUAGCCAAUAAAUGGUAUCCUUUUAACUAUACUUUUCUCCUGUUUUGUAUAGAGGAAGUAUCGUAUUCUAGUUUAGCUUUUAAGUGCUGCAAAUUCUACAGUCCUUUCUAUUUGUAACAUAAACGCCCAAACCCAAAAUCCCUCUUAAACUAUCCAUUCUAGAGGGACGCGUAGCGCACAAAAACAGAUUCAUCGCCUGCUGUUUCUCAGUUGACUACAGAAAA